AUGAUUCAUGUGGAUGAAAUUAAAUCAUUUAUUGGAGAAGACAGAACAUUAUUCAGUAAAAGAAACAAAAAAACCCACAUUCCAUUGGAAGAUGAAAUUGAAAAGGUGGUUAACAAAAGAUGUAGAACUUAUGGAACUGGUUCCAGAAUAGAAUAUUUAAUUAGAUACAAGAACUCAAGCGAAGACAACGAUAUGUGGGUACCAAAACAUUAUUUGGAUGAGGUGCCACAGCUAAUUAAAGAAUUUGAUGACAAAUUAUCAUCAGAAGGGGUCAGGAACGAAGAUAAUUUUAAGAUCCAUAACAAAAGGUUACAAACCAUCGCAUAA